AUGGCGGUCAACCACACAGCAGCGCAAGCGAAAGUGCCCUUGAAGGCGGGCGACUCGAUGAGGCCUGACAGGCAGAAUGGGGGCCGCUCAGUGAGCGAACUGUUGGAGGAGGGCUCUCUUGUCGCCCGGCACGUUGCAAUCUCCCUCAGCGGUGUGGCACCAGAAGAAGUCGCCACUUCCAUGCCCUAUCUCGUGAUGUUUGGCAUCCUCCUGGCAGUGCUCAGCUUCUGUGCCCUCUCCAGGCAGACGGAGGAUGGUGCCUUUUGGGUUAGCAGCCCAGCACAUCGCAGCACUGCGAACACCGCGAGCGAAAGCCCGAAGGCGGCAGCCCGACGGGCGGCCAAAGAAGGUCCCCGCCCAGCCCGAAUCCGGCCUCCCGAGCUCAGUCCGCAAGCGCAGAGCUUGCAGAGCUCGCAGAGCUUGCGGACGGGGCAGAGCCUGCUGAUAUCUCUUUGCCCACAGCUGGUGGUGCCAGAGAAGGUGGACUGCACUUUGCUGGUGCCGCUCCAGCGUGGCCAUUCAUCUUCGCUUCCAGUCUCGGACGUCAAGGGUGGGACAAUAUUUCUCUUGGAAACAAUUCCCGAUGGCCAAAGCAGCGAUGGUACAAGGCUCAUUUUGUCGAGCCCCAUGAAGGACGUGAGGUUUUGCCUGUGCCGCACGGUUACGACGGGUUUCGCCUUGGAAAACAACAAGGUCCAUGGUGGGCGCUUUGCAAACUUGAAGAAGCUCGACUCCGGCUUCACCCUGAUGGCUGACAGCCGUCGCCCCUUCCGCUUUCAAGGAAGCUUGUCGACAAGCAUAGAUGCAACUGACGACGACGGGAAGGUUUUGGCUUACUCUGGUGUAGCAGAGGCAGACAGCCGCGGAAUCCAGCAGCUGAAGCUCAACGUGGGUCCAGGGGUAGAUGCAGGUCUCAUGGUGGUCUGCUAUGCGGCUUUGGAGUUGUUGUUGCUACUCGCUUUCCUAGGGGUGCCUCGCUUGGAUGUCUUUCCUUGGCCGACGCCGCCGCCGAGUGAUGCCGUUGCUGCAGCGAUCCGCCGUUUGCGUGCCAUUGGAGCCAUUGAGGACGACGGCAGCAACACAGAGGGUUCCAGAGCAAGCUCUGCGACGGUCAGGUGCACGAAGCUGGGCUACCGCCUGGCAGCUCUGCCAGUGGCUCCGAGAUAUGCUCGCAUGCUCUUGGCAGCCAUCACAGCCAGUGCGGAGCUCAAGAUAGGACUCCGGCGCCUGGCGUGUUCUGUUGCGUUCGUCGCCAUGGCUGCGGCAGCAAUGCCAGCAGCGGAAGCUGUGCAAAGCUUGGCGGCUCAGCUGCCCUGCGGCCUGGACGAGGCAGCCGCCUCGCAGCGCCGGGCGCUCUUCGCCUCCUUUGACCCAAACGGCAACGCCAUCCUGUCUCUUGCAGAGGUUGAUGAUGGGCUGAAGAAGUUGCUGCCCUGCCCGUUGCCACGAGAGGUGGUGGCUCGUGCCUUCCAUGCAGCGAAAGCCAUCUCGGCGCCUGUUGCAGCCUUCAGCAACGACUACAUCGACGAGAAGGAGUUCCACUACUUCGUGCAGUACUUGCAUCACUACCUGCAGCUCUGGUCCUGGUUCUGCGAGGUGGACACGAGCUGCGAUCAACGAGUCAGCAUAGAGGAGUUCCGGGCGGCACUGCCGCAGCUCAACGAGCGGCUGCCUGGUGACCUCAGCGACGCAGCAGCAGCUUUCAAUGAGGUCGACGCAGAUGGUGGAGGCAUGGUCUUGUUCGAUGAGUUUGCGCACUGGGUCCUCUGCCGCGGCCUGGCACUUCAGGGACCAGGCGAGGACUGUCUGGAGCGCCAGCAUGCCACAGAGCUGCUGAGGCAGAGGCCGAACUUGGCAUCUGCAGACGGUGAAAGGAGGGGUGCAAGCCGUGGCAGAUCUGGACGAAGGUCACUGCCUUCCAGCCGAAGCCAAACGCCAUCUGCCCAACGGCUCUCUGCGAAUCGACAGGCCGCUGCAGCGGCCAAAUCCAGGCCAGCACCCGCACCUCCUUCAACUGCAGCACGGCAGAGGCAUGCGCGCGAGGGAAAUGCAGGCAGGCCCGAAUCUGCCACGAGGGUUCCGAGAGCUGCGGUGCCAAGUCGGGCCAGCGGCCGUCUCGAAGGGCCGCAAGCACCUGCUCGGGCGGCGCGCGCCCGCUCGGCCGGUCUCAGGCCCAUCCCGGAACCGCCGAGGCCAAGGCCCCGCGCAGCUCGAGCAGAAGCUCGAGCUGCGCAGCACGGCCAGUCCUUCGGUUCCCGGAAUCUCUGGGAAGAAUCUCCAGCGGCGGCGCUCGCACGUGGAAGACAUUCUGGUGCGAAAUCUCAGGCGAUUCUCGCAGGAGGCUACGAUCGCGGAUAUUUCUGA